UCUGACAUCUGACAUUGACAGCUUACCCAAAAUGUAACCUCAUAUUGUUUUUAAUUCCAAUUUCCAAUAGUCCCACUUCAUUUCAGUUCUCACAAUACUUAAGAAACACUCUGAAAAUCAUAAUGCAGUAACGUUAUUGUAUUCUUUAUCUAAAUAAUACUUUUGUGUCAUCUUUAAAAAUAUGUUUAGAAACAAAAUAUUAAAUUUUCUCAAAUUUAAUUUUCGAAUUCAUAGAAGAAUGAUAAGCACCAAGAUUCGAAGAGUAGCCCCAAUUUCUAUAGGAUUUUUAACCACAGCGCAUUGUGAAGAUAAACUGCAUGAUUUUAUGGCUUGGGAUGAGAAUACACUAGAGCACGAUUUUCUGAUUCGGCAAGCGACGACAGUCAAUGUAAAUGCUGCUACACAGUUACUUACUGUUACGUUGGUUGCUAUACAAGACACAAGUGAAAGGCUGCGUGAAGCAUUAACCAAAGAGAUAUGUCUUGUGAAGCAAGCUUUAGAGUGGGGGGAGGAAGGGACCCCGCCACAUCACUGGGACCAACUGGUAGCUAUACGGGGCUCUCUGUGUGAUCUCAAACAUAAUCUGCAUACACUGCUUAGUUAUAUGGAUUAUGCAGAAAAGUUAGCAACUGUGGCAGCAGAAAUAUCAUAUCUGUCGGGAAACAUUGCAGCUUCUGAUGCCAUUUGUGAGAGAAUCGAUCAUGCCUGCAGGACUUGCAACACUCAAAAACAGUUGACCCAUGAGCUUCAGCAGGAGAGUUUAGAGCUGCAGCAGCAAGCCAUUGUCACUGCACCGCAGCUGGAAGAGAAACUGAAAAGAGACAUGCCAAAUGAUAAAUCUAAAGCAAAGACUUAAAUAUUAACAAUGUGUUGCUGUAGAAAUUAAAUUAAAUAUAGUUAAACUAUGGAAAACUUCCAUUAAUCCAAAUGUUAUUUAAAUAAAUAGAAAAUAAGUAAUUUACAAAUAAUUGUUUAAUAUAUAAUAUACACUAUACAUUCUAAGCCAACAUGGUGGGUUAAGUGAUCUAAAUCCACUCUUGAAUAUUUUUAGCUUACCCCAGAAUUCUAAUUUUCUCCUUAAUGUGACAGUGUUGUAAUGGGAGCAAUAAUAUAAACUUUUUAAAAUCCCAGAAAAA